AGGCUCGGAAACGGAUUCAGGCAACGUUUGGGAGGAAUUCUGGGAGUUGAAGAGCUUGAGAAACGCUGUUCUGCUCUAUACUGUGUUGAAUCCCUUGAUCAGCACCUGUUGGAGCUCCACCUGGAGCUCUGCGAGUGUCUUACUGCAGCGUGCUUCCUUAGGCCAAUGGGCAGAUCACUUGAACCCUCUGCCAUUGUUGGCUUUCUGGCUGGAGACUUUUUCACCACAAGCGACACUCGUUGCCUCCACUUCUGCUGCUCUUCUAUUCGUUGCAUUUUAAAAGAAACCCCAACCUGUCCGUAUCAUCGCCGGAGUGCUUGCUCUUUGGAGGGAGAGUCGCCCCCCUCAACCCGCCUUUUUUUCUCCAGUUUGGCUCUUGGCCUGCGCUUCCCAAGCGCCUCCUCUGGGCGGCAGCCAUGGGCCAGGUCGCGGUGGGGCAACACGUUGGCGCCCUCUAGGGAUCAGACCCCAAAAUAACAGUUAUUUAGCGAAUCACUGCAGUUGCUAAGCGAAUCCAGCUUUCCCAUUGACUGCUUGUUGAAUCUUGCGAAUGGCGAUCAAGUGGCCCCAGGACUCUGCAACCAUGAGACCUCGGAUCCCCAGCAGCAACUGCGCCUCGGGGUGUUGCAGAAGCUCAGAGUUCAACGGAGAACCCCCCUGGUAUUACACCUAGCCACCUGAGAAGGAGGAAGGCUUCGGGACGCGUGUUGCAUACUUAAAAACUAUCCCCCUUACUGACGGAGUCUUUCCCAAAAAGGUCCUCCUCUGAUGGUAACAAUGAUCAGGUACCCAGACGAAUCGGAUGUCAUGAUGGUGGAGGAGGGCUUCACCACUAGGGACCUCCUGGACAGUCUCCUCCUCAAGGUUGCCCAGACGGGUAGCCGAGAAGCGUUUUUCGUGGCAAAUCUGGAGGACGUGGUGAAGAAACAUGUGCGCCUCCUCAAGGCCCUGCCACGGGUCACGCCCGUCUACCCCUUGAAGUGCAACGGCAGCAGGGGAGUGGUGCAGAUGCUGGCAGGGCUGGGGGCCGGAUUCAGCUGCACCAGCAAGAUAAUAGAGCUGAGCAGGCCACGGGACUUGCCACAAGAAAACACGUGCAGUGAGAACAACAGGAGAGAAAAGCAGAGUUCCGUGGGCGUUUGGCUCUCAAGCCCACCGUUGGCUUUCUGGAUCCUUGACCCCUUAAGGUCAGCGUUUCGUGGUGACUUGGACCCUUUACAAUGGCCUCUCUCCAGGAGGAUUUCACAGGAUGCAGGGAUUUGAGGAAAUGGACCUGGUGAAGAGUACUGGAGUUCCACCAGAGAGGAUCAUUUGCACCAGUCCCUGCAAGCAGAUCUCCCUGAUCCGAUACGCGGCCAGCCAAGGGGUGCAGCUGAUGACUUUUGACAAUGAAGUGGAGCUUGGGAAAGUAGCACGGAGGUACCUGUCUGCCAGAAUGAUUCUGCAGCUGGCUACUGAUGACUCCAGGUGCGCCAAUCAUCUCAGUGUGAAAUUUGGGGCCACCCUUAAAACCUGCCGACAUCUCCUCGAGAUUGCAAAGCAGAUGAACAUCGAGGUGGUAGGCAUCAGCUUUCACAUUGGAAGCAGCUGCACUGACCCUCAGAUCUUCACCCAAUCCAUAGCAGACGCUCGGCUGGUCAUGGAAAUGGGUGCAGAGCUGGGCUACAAGAUGCGUCUCUUGGCCAUUGGAGGAGGGCUUCCCAGUGCCGAGGAGUCCAGGAGGCACUUCGAAGAGACAGCAGCUGUGAUCAACUCUGCCUUGGACCUCUAUUUCCCUGAAGGCUGCGGGGUGGAGAUCCUUGCUGAGCUGGGGCGCUACUACGUGCAUUCGGCCUUUACCUUGGUGGUCAGCAUCAUUGCCAAGAAGGAGGUUCCUCUGGGCCAGCUGUGCUCAGACGAGGAAGACGCUGAGGGCAAGAAGAGCUUUGUCUACCAUAUUAACGAUGGCGUCUAUGGGUCUCUUGGCUCGGUCCUCUUCAGCAACAUCCGCCCCGUCCCCGUCCUGCCUAAGAAACCCCCACCAGAUCUCCCUUUGCACAACAGCAGCUUCUGGGGACCGACUGGGGACAGGUUGGACCGGAUUGCAGACGACCUGGAACUACCUGAGCUGCAGGUCGGGGACUGGCUGAUCUUUGAGAACAUGGGGGCCCACACUGUGCUCGCCCCCUCGUCUUCCCAGGGAUCUCCGCCCACCCAAAUACACUAUGCUAUGUCCAGAGGGGCCUGGGAAGCCGUCCAGCUCCUCCAGGGGAGGAGGAAAUCGCUGUAUCUGGAAGAAGAGGAUCGGGAGAGCACGUGUACCCCCCCCUGCUGUGGCUGGGAGAUCGCAGACACCCUGUGCGUUGCCCCUGUCUUCACUCCAGCAAGCAUCAUGUAAGCUGCGCCAGUCCUUCAUCCUGGGGGCAGACCCCUCCCAGCAGAGUCCUGCCAUGUCCUCUCCUGCCUCACCUUUUCCUCUUUUUGUCAAUGGCAGCCUGCCUCUUGCAUGUUCUGCCCUGAAGUAGGACCUGGUUUCUCCUCCUCCUCCUUCUUCCUUUCCAAGCAGUGUGGUUUUUAAGUAUGCAACAUAAAUCCUGUUCCUCCUA